AUGGCUGAAUCGGCCCUCCUAAACAACGCUGUGCGUCCUUGUCUUUCUGUCGUAAUCGGCCACAUUCGCACCUUUCCCCCACCUUACUUUCCCACCUCGACUUUUCGCCAAAGCAACUUAACUUCGACUACGACAUCACCACCACAAUUUCCAGAUCGCAGCAGUCCACAUAGUGUUUCAGUCACGCAUCGCGAACCAGGAAGACGAGGACCGGUUCACCCACAUCCAAAUCGACAAGAACGUCAGUCACUUCGACCCAUCAACACACCGUCUCCUGCGUCGACAACCCUCCUUGGGAACAGGCACCUCGACGACCGAAUCACUCUCCGUUGGGAAGCCGCCAAAACGGAUUCCAGAAGCCAGAACGCCGCUCGCGCGACCAGCGCUGAGCCUACCUCUCCCACAUCCCCGACCGGUUCACAGACGGGAAGCCAGGCCUCGCCGCGCUUCCAUCGGCCCAUCAUGCAGGCAAUGCCGGACAACCGACAGCAGUCAUUCGACGAGAUCUACGGCCCGCCCGAGAACUUUCUCGAGAUCGAGGUCCGCAACCCCCGAACACACGGCAUGGGCCGCAGCAUGUACACCGACUACGAGAUCGUCUGCCGCACCAACAUCCCCGCCUUCAAGCUCCGCGCCUCGAGCGUGCGCCGCCGCUACUCCGACUUUGAGUACUUCCGCGACAUCCUCGAGCGCGAGAGCGCCCGGGUCACUAUCCCGCCUCUGCCCGGCAAGGUCUUCACGAACCGCUUCAGCGACGAUGUCAUUGAGGGUCGCCGCGCCGGCCUCGAAAAGUUCCUGCGCAUCGUCGUCGGCCACCCUCUGCUCCAGACAGGCAGUAAGGUCUUGGCCGCGUUUGUGCAAGAUCCCAACUGGGACCGUAACGCGUGGUGACUGAAGCUCCGGCUCAGCUUCUCCUCGUCAGCUUUGCGAUCGCCGAAUAAACUGCGCAAACGACAGCCCAAGCAUCAUCGCAUCGAUACUCAGCUAGAAGGACUGACAAUGAAGAGCUCACUUUCCUAUGAAUGAUCAUCUGUGUUGGGAGGAGGGACAAGGUCAAAAUUGAACCGAGAGGUGGUUUCAUUCGUGGCGUGGGUGGACUGGUGGCCUAGGAUGUCUAUCUUUCUCCCAUUUUCUCUGGUGUGGACUUUGUGGGCUAUGUCAAUGUCUAUCCCUUUCCCAUAGUCUUUUCCCUGGUUCAUGUUUUACUUUCUUAUAUCCUUCCCUUACGCCGAGCACGAAACCCGCCGAGCCAGGCAGCAUCAGCGUUGCUUUUCUCCUCCGGAGAGGGAACCGAAGAAAUUGGCGUUACAAAAUUGAGAAUCAUGACCACUGGAUAAUUUGCCUAU